AUGAAGAGAACCGUGAGCUUGUCACUCCGGUUCGCCAACAAGACAAGGCAUGAUCUUGUAAAGGGACAGGACCGGAUCUCACAAAUCGAAGCUGAUUACCGGGACGAAGUGGUGUUGCGCAACAAUCAUCUUCAACGAACCGAGGCCUUGGAAGAUACCACCUCAGGGAUAAAGGAUGACUUCGAUCGGCUUGAAAGGGAGACCGAACAACAAUUAAGAGAGGUCACUGAGGAUCUAGUUGGCUCGACACUUAGCAGGGUCUCAGAACUGGAAAAGAAGAAUGCGAGCCUUGAAGACCGCAACGAAAAGCUCGAAGCCGACCUCAAGGCACUCACCGCACAAGUAGAUGAAAUAAUCAAGGCCAAGGUGAAUGCGGAUAUUGCGGUUGUGGAGGCAAAUUCCAGAGAGGCUAAGGAAGUCCAGGAUGCGCUGGACGAAGAAGCAAGAAGAGAGAAGGAGCCACCGCAACUUACCGAGGAUGAAAUAGCCGAGCGAGAACGAAGGACAAGGGAUAAGUAUCCGGGACUUGAAGAGUCCGUAGCCGAUCAGCAACGAGAGGAUGCAGAGCGGCUAAAUGCACAAAAACAAGGGCUCGAAGACUUUGCAACCGCUCACAAGAAGAAGAAAACGGCGGCUCCUUCCUCUUCGGUUCCGGCGAAACGGAAAAGGAAAUCAUCAAAGAAGGCUCAAGUAGUCGGGCUGCUGGAUUCACUCACUGAAACGGUUAUUGAAAAUCAACCGGACCCGGCUACUCACACCGAAGAUGCAGAUGAAGAGCACUUGGAGCGACGGUCUACAAGACAGCGAGUCUCAAGACCGGAUACGAAAAAGCGGACCAAGGAUAUGAUGGCCGCCUUCAACUUCUCCGACUCAGAAUAG